AUGUACUGCUUAGUUGAGCUUCGUCAGGUGUACUGGCGUUAUGUCACUGGGUCUGGCGGCAGCCUCUCCCCAGAUGUAGGCAUCUGUUCUGAGCUGCUGUUCCGGUUCGAUUGUGUCAUGCGAUACGUCGUCAUAUUCGUAUUUGCUCAUAAGCCUGUCGUAAUCUUCGUGCUGACGACCUUUCUUGGUACUCCAAAGCCUGUAGUAAAUCCAGUAGACGGCGAAGCAGAGCAACAACAGCGCCGUAGUAAUCACGGCAGCCUUCUUCACGUUGUGCGAGCACAUGAACUGGUAAAGCCUGCUGAGGUAACCAGAUUUCUCGUCAGAGCAGUAGUAGUACGUGCCACAGCUUUCCGAAUACUUCGAGUGGACGUAUUUCGUGCACUUCAGCGUCUUCAUGCUGAGAGCGGUUGUGAUGCCGGAGCUGUCACCAUUGUCCUUAACACCCCUCUUGCGCGGCUCGACAUAACCGAGAGUGUCUAUGUGGCAUGGGAAGUUGAUGGCAUCCGACUCCAACGGAGAUCCAAGGGCGGUCAUAGCCAGACUUCCGGCGUUGAUGAUGAGGCAUGUUGGCGUUUCGUUAAGAAUACGGCACACACCAGAUUCGGAUUCGUAAUUCGCCCAGUUCAUUCCGACACCCUUGGAAAGUGUGGCAGAUGCGGCAGAUUUCGCCAUAGGGGCAAACAACGAAAAGGCGAUUUGCUUGAGCUGAAGGUUCUUGAGACCACUGUACAGCUCACUGAUUUCGUUGUACCUCUCCGAAUCAAGGUCGAUAUCGAUAUCAGCAGCUGA